AUGGAGGUCCCUCCCAUUGCUGAAGAUUAUAUCAUCCAAUAUCCACUUCUCAGUGUGCCUACGAUCGCUAAGCCAGAAACUACUAUCAUAAGAUCUGAGUCUCCACCACAGCCUCCAUUUUUUACAGUUUUGAGAAUCAUUCCUAUUUGGGUUAAGUUGCCUAAUCUGCCCCUGCACUACUGGAGUAGUGAUUCUCUUAGUAGGAUUGGUAGCCUUUUAGGAAUGCCUGUGUACGCGGAUGAAUGUACCUCUAAGGCUUUAAGAGUUUCCUUUGCUAGGAUACUUAUUGAAAUGGAUGUUACACAGAAGAUUCCUAAUGAGAUACAGAUUGAAGACCCUAAUGGUGCCACUUUCAAACAGAAAGUGACUUAUGACUGGUUGCCCCCUUAUUGCAAAAAAUGUCUCAAGGUGGGCCAUAAUUGUAAAGUACAUGUGGGUAAACCUAAGAGUAUGCCUAAGCUUGUGCAGAAGUGGGUGCCAAAAGUCCAAGCAAUGGCUGAAAAAGGGCAGGUUACAGAACAAAAUGCUCAUAUUGGUGAUCCUCCAGUGCUAGUAGAUCCCAGUGAACCUAUUGUGGUCACUGGUGAUCCUAGUAUUGUAGUAGAUCUAAGUAGUGAGACUACACCUGUAACUACCCCUAAUAUACAUCAAUCAGCUACUAAAGAGAAUGAUGAGGAAGGAGUAUAG